GUAGCCCGCGCUCCAGUCACGUGUAUGAGGAUAUGUAGGUAUUUUGAAAGUUCAAAAACAGUUUUAGACAGGGCCUGCCAUUAAUGUACGCCGUUGCGUGAUGCAUCUACAGGAUAACAGGAUCUCAGUCGCUCUCCAACUUGCAUUUCUCUCCAAAAGAGCCAUCUUCUCUUAAGAUUUCAGCUCUCAUUUUCUUGAUUUAUUGCGGGAUGUUGUAGAGAGAUGGAUCGGUUCGAUCAUCAUCAGCGGCUGUUGCUGCUGCAGAGGAAGAAGCGAUCUUCGAGAUCCUUUGGCGGAGAAGGAGAUGGGCGCAUUGAAAAACCAAUGGAUGCAUCAGAGAUGGCAAUGGAUUCUAGUCUUUUAGGUGGCAUUCCUACCAAGGAUAAUUUGCUUGACUUUGAGUUUAGGCGAGGUUCUUCCAAGCAAGCAAGUGGAGCACCCAUGAAAAUGCUGCUAGCUGAAGAAAUGUCAAAAGAAAUGGAAUGUAGACGGCGGUCGCCAAGUGUGAUCGCAAAAUUGAUGGGUCUCGACCCGCUGCCAACUCAGCAGCCAGUCCAUAAAGAACAAAAGAAGUUCUCUGAAAGCUAUCGUCAAAGAACUAAAUCUAUAGGUUACCAAGAGAAAUAUGUAUCCUAUGAGGAUCGCUUAUCCCAGAAGAGUGGCAAGGAGCAACAAGAAUUCAAGGAUGUUUUUGAAGUCAUGGAAACAUCAAUGGUUGAGAAGGCUAAGCACAAUACUCGAAUGGUUCAAAAGGGAAUUGCUAGCUCUAAGCUUAGUGAAGCAAAAAUGGCAUUUAUUCGGCAAAAGUUCAUGGAUGCAAAACGCCUUUCAACUGACGAAAACCUUCGGCAGUCCAAGGAAUUUCAUGAUGCAUUGGAGGUCCUUGAUUCCAAUAAAGAUCUCUUCCUGAAAUUUCUUCAAGAACCCGAUUCUUUGUUUACAAAACAUCUCCAUGAUUUGCAGGCUGUUCCAUCCUCUCCUCAAUCAAAUCAUGUAACAGUGAUGAAAUCAUCAAAGGGCACAAAACAUGAAAAUAGUGAGAUAUGUUGGAAAUCAGAUAGAAAGACGGAAAACCACAUGCAGCUACGAAAGGAUAUCACAAACCCUUUUCAAAAGCAUGAACGCAGACGUGUUAGUCACAACACAGAUGAUGUUUAUGUUUCGCAAGUGUCGACAAGAUUUGAAGGAAAGCCCGAGAACUGCCUUCUUCCUACAAGGAUUGUUGUUCUGAAGCCCAGUCUUGGGAGGACACAAAGCACAGCUAGAGCCAUUUCAUCACCAAGCUCUUCAACAAGCUCUCAUUCCAGUUACAGAAAGCACAGGGAAUUCCGAAGGUCUGGAGAUCGGGAACUAUUUCCGGAAUUAAGGGAUCGACCAAAAUUGGCCAAUAAUGUGGACCUUUUGAGGCAUAGGACUAGGAGUUCAAGAGAAAUUGCUAGGGAAAUUACUCAACAAAUGAGGCAGAGUGUAAGCAGUGGCUCUGCAAAUGUAUCAUCCUCGGGAAAAGGGUAUGUUAGGGAUGAAAGCUCAUAUUGCCUGUCAGGAAAGGACUCGGUAAAUGAUAAUGAAGUAUCAACACAGGCUUCCGGACGCUUCAGGCAUAUUUCAUCAUCUUAUUCAACCGAAUCAUUUGUGAGCAGGGAGGCCAGGAAGCGUCUCUCUGAACGUUGGAAGAUGACUCACAGGUUUCAAGAAGGGGGAUCUGCUAGUAAGGGCUCGAGUACGCUCGGUGAAAUGCUGGCUCUGUCUGAUAGAGAAACAGAGCCAGCAACUUUGGCUUCUACGGUCAAUCAGGGUGGUCCAUGCAACAGCUCUUCUGGAAUGGAUAUGUUUGAAAGAUGGGGUAAUCCAUCAGGUAUUAGCAGCAGGGAUGGCUGGAAGGAUGCCUUCCCUAGAAAAUUACCAAAGUCCAGAUCUCUUCCGGCAUCUUCCACUGUUUAUGGAAGUCAGAAAACAAGAAGCAGCCAUGAUGUUGUCAGUAAUGACAACCAUUUUAUGUUAAAAGAGGCGAUCAACCUGGGGCCUGAUUACUCUUUCAAGGAAAACUUUGACCAGAAAGGAAUUUCCUGCCCUGGAAAUACAAAAGUUGCCAGUGAGGAAUCUCAAUCUCAUCUCCAUGCGGAUGCAGAAAAUAGUCCCACUAUACGUGAAAUUCAUGUUAGUCCAGAUGAAACCAAGAAUGUGUUUGAGGUAAGGGAUUUGUCUGCACAACAACUUAUGGUUCCUGAAUCAUCAGCUGGUUGUGCUGGUGAUACAAUGCCUCCCACUGACCAUAUUCCCAUUCCCGAAUGUGAGGAGGUGCAAAUGGACUCCAAUACCCAUGAGGAGCCACUGCCGGAACCAGCAGACUGUAUGAUGUUGGUGAAAGAUAGCAAGUCAGCUGAUUGGGAUCAGAAUGAUUUGAUCGUGGAGGAAACACCAGUCAAACAACCUCAAGCAGAGUCACACUGCCAAGUAACAGAACUGGAGUCUCCUCGAAGUUGUAAAGGAGCUGAACAGCCCAGUCCGGUUUCUGUUCUAGAACCAGCAUUUGAAGUAGAAACUUCAAGUUCCGAAUGCUUUGAGAGAGUCAGUGCAGAUCUUCACGGGCUGCGGAUGCAACUUCAGCUUCUCAAGUUGGAGACAGCGGAAGCAUCCACGGAGGGAUCAGAUUUCAUGGUCUCGAGCGACGAAGAACCUGGAGAAGGAUGCAGCAGCCUCAUGGAAGACAAGGGAGGGCUCUCAGUGUUGUUUAGUGAUGUGGAGAGCAGAGACUUCUCCUUCCUACUUGACGUGCUUGGCGACGCAGGCUUUCACGAGGCCGACUCCGAAAUGCUAUUCGCGACAUGGAACUUGCCAGAACUCCCCAUAGGCUCUGGCACAUUUGAGGUGUUAGAGAAAAAAUAUGGUGGGCAGGUGGCAUGGCCAAGAUCGGAAAGGAGGCUCCUGUUCGAUCUCAUAAAUUCAGCACUGGCAGUGGUUCUCGGGCAGCGCCAGGACCAGCGCCCAUGGAUGAAGUUGAAAGGGAGGGCCGGGGUCGUGUGGGGCUGCCGCGUAGGGCUUGCAGAUGAGGUGUGGGAGUUGCUGGUUCGGCACGGCAAGGAAGGGAGCGGGGACACGGCAGAAAAGGCAUUGGGGAGGGAUGUAGGGUGGUUGGAUUUGGGAGAAGAUGUCGAUGUGAUAGGGAGAGAGAUAGAGAGAGUGGUGAUGGAUGAGUUGUUGGAGGAAGUGGUCUGUGGGCUAUCUUCCUGAGGAGAAAUGUAAAGGGUUCUUUCGAACCAAACUGCAUUUUCGGAAACUGAUAAGCGUGAGGGAGAGAUGAUAUAGUCAUAGGUAUGGGAAUGGUUAUCAGUUUUCAUGGAAAUAAAAAUGAAAAUCUGCUUCACAUUCAAAAGGGAAUGAAAUGAGAAAUGCCAAGGCCCUCUUUGGUUGCCUCGUGAAAAUGAGGUCCACCUCGUUUUAGUUAACGGUACAGAUAUGUAUUAGAGAUUUCGGUCAGGAUUAAACGUUAUCUUGAGAACCAAUGAUUUAUAUAAACUAUGAUUUCUAAUGCAUGAGUUUUGCUAA